GGCACGUGAAAAUUGGACUGGAAGCAUGUGCCAAGCCAUGAUAUCAAAACCCUCCAUCAACUCGAAAAUCAAGACUGUCAGUCACUGGGCCCGCGGGAAACAUCCAGACAUGGACAUCUAUCUGAUAUAGAGUGCGUACGGGUCGAGAGAGACCAUUACUACUCGAUCAUGUCCUCAGAACCGCAUGAUCCUCUGCCAUCACCACAGCCGCUACCAUCACAAGCACACCCUCAACCAUCUGCCCUCUCAACUCUCCUCCACACAUCUGGCGCAAAGACUCCCAGUGAAGGUCUCCCAUUGGAAAUCCUCCAUAAUCUCCGACAUCAACAUGACUGGACAGCAUUGAAAUUACAUGCUGUGCACAUGAACGGCGGCAAGACCAGCAUCCACAUCAUUUCCGGCCUCCCCCCACGACAUAGUUAUGUUCAUCCAGACCUUACAAUGCAAUUGGUCAAGCACGGAAUGGGUGAAUCGGCGAUUCCAGUUCAACGAGAAUUUGUGUUGCCGUUGGCAGUUGGCGAGAGUUGGUCGUUGAAGCGGUUUUGUGCUGUUUUCGAUGCCUUGCCUACGAGAGAUGCUAUUGUGAUUUCUCCUCCGUCGUCUGGUCCAGGUGAUGACAAUCCCGCUUCUGCUGCUGCUACUGCUGCUACUGCUACUGCGGCUACCGUCGGUCUCGGUGUCACCACCACCACCACCACCACCACCACCACCAGUCCCUCCGUCGACGCGGGAGAGCGUCGCCGCGAAAGUUCUCCGCUCAGUACAUCUACAUCUGCUGAUGCGAGUCAAAGUCAUCGUCCUCAUUCUCGUCCUGGUCCUCGACAGAAUAAUCACCUUGUCUCCGAAGGGAGCAGCACUGGGAACGGCACAGCCGUGACCACCCCGUCAUCCACUGUGUAUCACCACCAAGAUCAUAAACGAGUGCUACUGGGCAUGAAAGCCCGAACCGGCGGAGGAGGUGACAGCACUGUUGUCUACUACAUCAUGCAAGAAGGCGAAGUCAAGCCACGACAAAAUGGAUGAAACAAGCGUGACUGUACCGGCCACUAUACGGCUCGAACUUUCAUAGCUUUGGGGGGUUGACGCCCUCUACAUUCACUGCUUGGACGUAAUGUGAAACGAACAUCUAGGACGCCUAAACGACGCAAUAACCUGCCUGAUCAGCUGGCUUCGACAGCAAAUGUCAUGUCGAGGAAGAUGCUCGAUGGAUGUCCUGAAUCAUGGAAACUAGCUGCCACCGUCCGGUCCAGUCCUGUCUCUGUGACUGCAGCUGCGACUGUAUCAAUUCAUGUACAGAGGUUGAUCAUGUCCCAGCUUUAACUUGUGUUCCUGCUCCUGCUCCAGCUCACCCACCGGUUCGACCGUAUGUUCCGAUCGUCAAGAGAUGGAAGGUAUAGGAUUACGGUUCCAAGGGCAGGGGAUUCUGGGUUGAAGGUAUACGCUAAUGGAUUUCACACUCAAAUGCAACCAAUGCUAGAUAAUUCAACUGGAUCGAAACAGAUACACCAACUCCCUUGCCAGAAAGGGUAUUUGAUAAUUCCAUCGUCGCCGGCUAAAGCAGACAGUAUAAAGGAGAUAGAUAAUUAAUUAUCACUAAUAAGUGAUGUGAA